AUGUCAGGUCGAUUUCUUAAACCAUUACAAGAAUUCUUGACUUCCAAAUCAGAUUUCUCAAUUAUUUACAACACUUCGUCCACCACUACCACCACCACCUCCUCCCCCUCCUCAUUUAUCACUCCUACUACUCAACGUGUAUGUAUAUUAGAUUCUUCAUUCAAUCCUCCUCAUUUAGGUCAUUAUGCAUUAAUUGAAGAAAGUUUAACUAAAAAUUAUGAUAAUAUCCCCGUGACUAAUAAAGUAGUAUUACUUUUAUUAUCAGUCAAAAAUGCUGAUAAACUUCAACCUAAACCAGAACCAUUUGAUAAACGAUUAGAUAUGAUGUAUUUAAUGGCUAAUGAUUUAUCUAAAAAAUAUCCAGUUAAUAUUGCAAUUGGACUUACUAAUCAUGCCAAAUUUGUUGAUAAAUCUUUAGCAGCAUUAAAUUAUAUAAAAUCAAAUCAUCAAAUUAAUCAAAAUAAUCUUGUGAAAUUGACAUUUUUAGUUGGAUUUGAUACUUUAAUAAGAAUUUUUAAUCCUAAAUAUUAUUUACCCGAUAAAUUAUCUAAUAGUUUAGAAACAUUUAUGAAAAAUACUGAUUUAUUUUGUUUAACAAGAUUAGAUAAAUCAUUUAGUCAAAUUGACCAAUCAAAAUUUAUUGAUGAUAUUCGAAAAGGUGAUCAUGAAGAAAUUCCAUCUCAUUGGUCUGAUAAUAUUUAUUUAGUACCACCAAAAGAAAUUGAUAAUAAGAAUAGUAAUAAUGGAAUUGAUAUUGCUACUCUUAGUUCUUCUUCAAUUAGAAAACAAAUUGAAAAUGAAAAUGAAAAUGCAAAUACAAAUACAAAUGGUGAUGGAGAAACUUGGAAAUCUGAAGUAUUACCAGAAAUUGCAAAUUAUAUUAUUAAAGAAAAUUUAUAUACAAGCAAUCAUGAGUAG